CCAAAAGAACUGUCAUACACAGCUGUUUAUACGAGUUCUGACAAUUUUUGCUGGAAUAACUGCGAAUGAUUUACAGAUUUGAAUAUCGUUUUCAUUUUUUAAAAAUCCUUACAGCCUAAUUGGAUUAAUUGAGUUGAUUGCAACAUGUCCUUGGAGUGUCCUAAAGAUCCGGAGUAUCACACAAGUGUCCAACAGAAGCUGCAUUCGAAAAAUGCUGCAAAAGUCUAUCGAUAUGGAUCGCCAAAAAUUAGAGAUCAAUUGCGAGAUAAAUGUCGUAUGCGAGUGCGUGAGGCGCGACAGGCUAGCUUCAAUAAACGGCGCUUAAACAGCAUAGCUGAGAAUUUAGAUAUUGAUAAGCUGCUGCGUGAGGAACUUGCCAACCUUGAGGAUGACUUAGUUUUACAAGAAGAAAUUUUCAAAGAACUACGCGAUGAAAUGAAUGAAUGGUUUAUACAAGAAUUAGAAGCCGAAGAGACAUUUUUAAUUGAUGCUGCUGAUGAUGACAACAAUGACAAAACUGUUAUUUGUCCGAUUUGCCAACAAAAAAAUCUCAAUAGUAUAGCGCCUGAAGACAACAAACAGGCAAAUUAUUUAUUCAAGUGCACAUGCGGCGUGAGCUUUAUAUCAUCUUUCGCUCCACAAAACUUACGUAAAUUUUUGCAUACGCAAGUAGACGCUCAUGAAAAGAAUUGCAUUAUGAACCUAACCUUCUAUUUAGAGCCUCGAACAGCAGAUGCUGGUAGCAACAAUCUUUGCGCUAUUUGCGAUAAAUGUGAUUAUUUUUAUAGUUUUUAAAGUAAAACCAAACUAACACUUACUUGUUAUAAACACUUAUAAGCUCAUAAAUCUUAAUAUAGAAUAUUCAUGAAUUCACCUUUAAAGCAUUUGAAGUUUUAAAUUUGAAAAUUUGAAAACUGAUUUCCACUACAAUAAGUAUAUUGAAAUA